AAUUAUAAUCUAGAUUUAAUAAAGAACACUGAGGGCAUUAUAUUUAAUAUAUAAUUAAAUUUUAUAGAAUGUUUAUACUAUUUCAAAAUCUUUUACGAUGAGUAGUGAACUCAGCAACUUAUGACAAACUAUUAAAUUUAAAGAAUUUCGAAUUACAGAAAAAGAAAGGGGGAAAAAGAAGCAAAUUCAAAUUCCAAUAAAAGCAUAUUAAUUACAGGGACAAGUAGUUACUGUAACAUUUUUGAAAGGGCUUUUCCAGUUUCUAUGCAGAUGCAAGUGCGGUUGAUACUUUGGUCACUUAGAGAAGGAACUCACAGUUCAUGAUCAGCUCGACUUCGUUAAAUUCUUUCCAAAAACAAGAAAAAAGAAAAACAACUCCUCAGCUUCCUUAAGCCACGUUCAAAAGGCAAAAGAAAAAGAACCCUUUAAAUCUUCCAUAUUAUGUCCCCAUCUCUAUAAACAAGUUAAAGAUCAACGCCAUCACUUAUCUUGUUCCCAAAUGAAACUAAUGGACGAGCUUGCGGUGGUUCUCAAAACAUUUGGUGACGACCAGAGCACACUUUUGGACCAGUUUGAAAGACUCUCAUUUGAAGUGCAGCUCAACCAAGCCAUGCUCGGUAGGAGUUUGUCUGAACCUGGAGUCGGUCGGUCUCGAUUCCAACCGCCGUUAAAUAGGGAGGCGCCACCGCCACCCGCAUUGGUGAAAAAGCAGGUGAGACAAGGGCGGCGGCUUGGUGGGUCGACAGGGUUUAAUAGGAUGUUAAAGAAGUUGUUGAAACCGAUUUUUAGUAGAAAGGGCGCCAAGAAAUGUGCAGCUUUUGAUGAUGCUGUUAAAAGGGAAGUUCCUGAUCCCAAAAAUGCUAAAUCAUGGAAAGCUCUUAGCAGAUCAUUAAGGCUCUGAAUGUUGUCUUAUUUCUCAUGUAUUCUAUUUGUCAGAAUUAAGAAAGAGCAUUACCACUUUCUGAUAUUGGAGUUACAGAGCUGUGUUCCAACCUCGAGCUCAGUUAAUUAGACAAAGAAAGUUACGAAAGAAAAUUAGCUUAUUUUUGUUUUGGGUAAUUAACCAGGUUAUGGUCAUGUUUACAUCUUAUGAUAUCAUACUUACUGCAUGCUCUUGAAAAAUAAUUAUUACACUACA